CACUCCCUUGGGCUUUAUCAGCAUCGCCGUCACUUCCCAUCGUUUGCCCCGCUAACGCUCCUUUUUCUCGCUCCACGGAAGAUCGACGGAAGGACGAAGCGAUGUGACGAUGGCAUCGGCGCUCCGACAACUCUCCGUGGCCAUCGUUAACCGCCAGCCCCUCCCGGGCUUCUUCCUCCGCUGCAUAUCCUCCUUGCCGAGCGAGGCCGCCUACGAGCAGGAGAAAUCUGGCGUUACGUGGACGAAGCAGCUGAAUGCUCCGCUGGAGAUCAUCGAUCCGGAGAUCGCUGAUAUAAAUGAGCUUGAGAGGGCAAGGCAGUGGAAAGACCUUGAACUCAUACCCUCAGAGAAUUUCACAUCGGUGUCAGUCAUGCAAGCAGUAGGGUCGGUCAUGACGAACAAAUACAGUGAGGGAUAUCCUGGUGCACGAUACUAUGGCGGCAAUGAGUACAUUGGCAUGGCUGAAUCAUUGUGUCAGAAACGUGCCCUGGAAGCUUUUGGUUUAGAUCCUAUAAAAUGGGGAGUGAAUGUGCAAUCAUUGUCUGGUUCACCUGCUAACUUCCAAGCUUACACUGCACUUCUGAAGCCACAUGAGAGAAUAAUGGCUCUUGACCUUCCUCAUGGUGGACAUCUUUCUCAUGGAUACCAGGUCACCGAUGAAUUUCAUUUCCUAUUCAAAAAAUCUGAUAAUUUAUGUGUUUUUUAGGCAAUUGAUUUGACU